CCAGAUCACUUUUCCAUGCACAUAGGCUUGCAGCUUCCAGAGUGUUUGGGGCGGAGCAAUACUCCUAAUCUUCUUUUCUCAUUCCACUGGAUGAUGAAACCAGGCUACAUGUAGGUAACAUAAUAACUACCAUGUUUGUGCUUUCUACUAGGAAACGGCCUGCGAUUCUGGCGGCUGGACCGCCGGGCCGCUUUCCGAACCGAGCUGCUUGGUCUAAUUCAGCGACAGGCCAUGAACGGAGAAGCCUUCCGCUUGGCCCUACCACAUGCAGGCCGGUAGACUGUAAGGAGAAGGCUCUCGCAUCUGACGAGUAGUCGGCCAAACCAGCUAUCAAAUGGCAGGUUGCUGAAUAUACGAGACUCACACGAUAAUCCAUACCUCGAUUUAUGGUGAGGCAAAGGCUCACGUAGGACAAAACAGGCGGUGAGGAUAGAGUGGCUUGAGGUGUAACCGCCUAUCGAUUCCAGACCAUCGGGUAUAUGAUGGCGCCGAAGCAGCGGCAUGACGAGCCAUGUGAUGCGAUUCGUGAUCGAGAUCCUGAGUCUCAAGACUCGAGACAAGGCUUUGUAUCUGGCGUUGUUGGUCGAGCUGCCUAUGCGGUUUGCAGAUGUGUCCAAUCGACAGAUUUCAGCGCCACUGUCGGACUACUCUGGCUACAUCUGCCAAUGACGUCCAUAUAUUGAGAGGCAAUGCCUUGCUGAAGCUGUUAGUUCAUGUGCAUCGUGUUUUCGUAGCUUAAUCCAAGUACAG